AUGCUGCUCUCGCGGUUACGAAUACUGCUGCUACUGUUGUUAUUGUUCAUUAAUGUGCUUGGGAAAAAUCGCGUUGCGGCCUUUUGGUCCCUGUCGGUAUGUCGCGUGGAGCUUCAGCAUGUCACCUUGGUCCUCUCGGCGGCUCGCAAACCCAAACCACGCAUGGCCGAUAAACGUCGACAACGAGCGAAACAACAGUCACAACAACGGCAAUCGCAACUACCCUUCUUGACGGAAAUACCGUCAUCCCAACUUGAUUUUCGAAAAUCGUCACCACCACUGACGACAACUCCGUAUGUACCGGCCAAAACGCCGGACUCUACCCGCGACAAUCCCGCGGCGCCGGCCGCUAUGUCCAAGGCUCAAACACUCCUCGACGCGCAACGAAAGUCUAUUGCCGUCUUGACAGCCGUCCGGACGAGUAUUGAACAAAAGAUGUCCUUGGAAUUGGUGGAAGCCUCGUUGCACGAGCGAGGGUACUGGUACGUGGACAAUUUUCUCGACGACCACGAGAUUGUGCAGCAACUCCAGGACGAGGGAGCGACACUGCUGGAAAACGGCAUGACGCCGGACAUGACCAAUCUAGGGUCGGGAGAGUACACCGUCGCCUUGGCAGGGGGCGACGCCCAGUACGUACUCGCGCCGCGAUCCGUUGAAUGGGUCGUCUCCGCCACCAAGCACGUUCCACUCCAACUACCGUCCUUGAAUUUAGACAAUACCAAUUGUAUGGGUGUGAUGCGUACCUUUGACCGGAACGCCUAUCAAGCAUCUCGCACACUCCUGACCGACGGUGAUGAUCAGGCGGAAAUCAAACCGCGACCAUUUGGAACCGUGGCGACGAAAGAAGGGGAUCAGCGAAAGAUUACAAUGCGCUAUUACUUAGUUCCGGAUGCCACCUGUUGGAACGCUUCCAGUGGCGGAGGAUUAAGCUUUGAAGAUAGCGAAACGAUAUAUGCUGUUCGCAAUCGUCUUGUACUUUGGAAGUCCGAUUGCGUUGCGUAUCGCCCAGAAGUCUGGAAAGGAAGUGAGGAAGAAGGUGAAAGCCUGGCUAGUUGUAUCGAACUACAUCUGAUCUCCACUUCCAAUGACGAAACUCGAUAA